AUGGAAGACGACAAAGCCGACCGAGUCAGUGCCCACGAGCUGGACAACUGGCCUCCACCCACCAAAUCCCCAGCAUCGGGCGAUGUCGUCGCAGAGGAGGCACUUGGGAACGACCUCCCACAGGGCUACUUUACCAGUGUCCAUUUCAUUGCGACCUUGAGUGCAGGCGGACUGGGCUGCCUCUCUGGCUACUUGGGCUGGAGUCUGGCGGCCAACAGCCUCACGUUCAUCAACGACGCCCUCGGCCCCAGUCCCGACUUCCUAUGGCUCCCUCUGGCUUACACGCUUUGCAAUGCCGUCGCCAGUGUCCUGGUCGGCCGCAUCUCCGACAUAUUCGGCCGACGCUGGUUCCUGCUCGUCGGACAUUGUCUCGCCCUGGUCGGGGCCAUCUUGGGCGCCACGGCGCAGACGAUAAACACCAUGGUCGGCUCCAACGUCUUGAUCGGAACAGCCGCGGCCGCACAGUUUGCCCACAUCUUCUUCCUGCCCGAGCUGGUGCCCAAGAAGGCCCGCGGCCUGGCCAUCGGCUCCUGCUACGCCGUCGCCGUCCCCGGGAGCUGCUUUGGGCCCAUCAUCGCCAAAGCCUUCAUCAGCCGCAAUCCGCACGACGGCUGGCGCUGGAGUUACUAUCUGAUGAUCAUCACGACGUCCAUCACCAUCGCCCUGAUGUACCUGUACUACCACCCGCCCACAUUCUCCAUGCUCCACGUCACCAACACGAAGAUGCAAAAGAUAAGAGCUCUGGACUACGGAGGCAUCGUACUGUUCAGCGGAGGCUUCAUCCUCUUUCUGCUGGGCAUCAACUGGGGCGGCGUGUUUCACCCGUGGAAGUCCGCCCGUGUCAUUGCGUGUAUCGUCGUCGGUUGCUUGAUGAUCAUCGGCUUCUGCGUCUACGAGGCGUACAUCCCCUCGGAUCCUCUGAUCCCUCUGUCCAUCAUGAAGAACACCGAGUUUAUGAUGAUCGUCCUGGUCGCCUGCGCGGGCGGCAUGAUUUACUAUUCCAUGACGGUCCUGUGGCCGACCAUGUGUACUCUGUUCACCGACGACAUACUGUACAAUGGCUGGCUCUCCAUGUCCGUCUCCGGAGGGUUCAGCCUCGGGACCAUCGUCUGCAGCAUCACGUUUGGAUUUGGCCGGGUGCGAUGGCAGCUCAUGGCCGCCGUCGUCAUCUUCGUCGUCUUCGUCGGCGCCGAGGCGGCCACCACCCAGUACACGAAGAACAUGUCCGUGGCGUUUGCCAUUGUCGGCCUCUUCUUCGCCGGGUUUACAGAAGGCCUCGUCAAUGCCACCGUCUCCUUCACCGUGCCCGCCGAAGAUAUUGGACUCGCCGUCGGUGUGAGUAAUGGUCUUCGAGUCCUAGCAGGCGGGGUGGCCACGGCCAUCUACAACUCGAUCAUGACGAACCAGCAGGCCAAGCUGCACGCGCGCGACAUCCCUCCGGCCGUGCUCGACGCCGGACUCCCCAGGUCUUCUCUCGCGACACUCAUGAGCGUGGUGGCAUCCGGUGGGUCGACGGCCAGUCUGCAAAAGAUCCCGGGCGUCACAUCGACCGUGUUGGCCGCUCUGGCCAAUGCAGAGAAAGACGCCCUCGCCGGCUCAGUCAAGCUGGUGUUCUUGGUGUCGCUGGCCUUUGGGGGCGUGGGGAUCGUCGCGACCUUUUUCAUCAAGAACGUCGACUCGCAGUUGAACAACGUGGUCAAUCGGAGGUUACAUGGCCGUUCCCGGUGA